AUGGCGCGCGGGCCUGUUGACUCCACAAGAUCGACGACGCACUCCCUGUUUCUGACUUCCAAUUGUUCCCAGCCCCCCUUACCCUUACCCUCACCCUCUCCCUCCUCUUCGCACAACAAGCCGUCGCCGCCCCUCAAGGCACCCUCGACGGACACUCAGCGAGGCUUCGAUCGCACCCCGCAAGGCACCGACCCCACCCCGCAAGGCACCGACCGCAACCCGUUAGGCACCGACCGCACCCCGCAAGGCACCGACCGCACCCCGCUAGGCUCCGACCGCAUCCCGCAAGGCACCCUCGACGACAACCCAUCAGGCAUCGAGGGCGGUCCGCGAGGCUUCGAUCGCACCCCAACAGGCACCGACCGCAUGCCGAAGGGCACCGACCAUACCCCGAAGAGCACCGGCCACACCCCGAAGAGCACCGGCCAUCCCCCGAAGGGCACCGAGAACACUCCGAAGGGCACCGACCACAUCCCGAAGGGCACCGGCCAUAGCACCGAGUGUCCCGAGGUCCACAUUAUCGGCGCCCGCGAGACCGCCGCCGAGCCCGGCUACGGCGCCGCCUCCGGCUUCGUGGAGCAGCUCUUGCAGAGCCUCUCCAACACCACGACGGACGAGCCGCUCGAUUACCCCGCGUGUACCGAGGAAAUUGAGGCUUGCCAAGGCCUGACCUACGCCGAUUCGGCGCUGCAGGGCACGACGGAGGUGGCGAACGUCGUGAAUGCGUUCAAUGUGAGGUGUCCCGACACGAGCAUUGUGUUAGUGGGGUACAGCCAGGGUGGCCAAAUCAUGGACGACGCGCUGUGUGGCGGCGGCGACGAGUUCAUCGGUCUCACGAACACGUCUGCGCUCUUCUCCGAGGCGGCUAUCGGUCAGAUCGCAGCGGCUAUUUUCAUGGGCAGCCCUCGCUACCGGUACGAGGAGGGACUGCAGAGUCUCGUCGGCACAUGCCAAGCUGAAGUUCGCUCCCCGCCCAGCUGGCUUCCAGUGCGCCGCCGCGCCGGUGAUCCAAUCGUACUGCGACGCGGCCGAUCCUUACUGCUGCAACGGCAACGACCAGGCCACGCACGGGAACUACAGCGCGGUGUACGGUGCGGAGGCGCUGCAGACCCAGCUACUCAAGACCCAGCUACUCAGGACCCAGCUCUUCAAGACCCAGCUACUCAAGAACCAGUUACUGAGGACCAAGCUACUGAGGACCAAGCUACUGAGGACGCAGCUACCGAGGACCAAGCUACUGAGGACGCAGCUACUGAGGACCUAGCUACUGAGGACGCAGCUACUGAGGAAGCAGCUACUGAGGACGCAGCUACUGAGGACGCAGCUACUGAGGAAGCAGCUACUGAGGACGCAGCUACUCAGGACCCAGCUACUCAGGACCCAGCUACUCGGGACCCGGCUACUCAAGACCCAAUUGCUUAA